AUUUCGUCGACUCACAGGCCGCGCAUACUUUCAAAGACACAUUCACAAAAAUGAGGCCGAUUCUACUCUCCGGGCACGAGCGUGCUCUUACGCAAGUUAAAUACAACGCCGAUGGCGAUAUCAUAUUCUCCGUUUCCAAGGAUCACGUUGUUUGCGCGUGGUUCUCACAUAAUGGCGAGCGACUAGGCACCUACCACGGCCACCAGGGUGCGCUAUGGACAGUAGACGUCUCUCCGAAUUCCGAGAUGCUCGCGACAGGUGGCGCCGACAACACGAUGCGCCUUUGGGAGGUCAAGACUGGCAAGCUAUUGAAGACAUGGGACUUCGCCACCAGUAUCAAGCGUGUGGAAUUCUCGCCCGACGGCCGACAGCUUCUCGGUGUGACGGAGAAGCGAUCAGGCCAUCUCGGCUCGAUCGUAGUGUACGACAUUGAUCUAGAUAUCGAGGCGGAACAGACGAGUGAGCAGGCUCUGCGGAUAGUGUGCGAAGAUAGCAAGGCGACAGUUGCAGGUUUCAGCUAUGGUGCCCGUUACAUCAUCGCUGGCCACGAGGACGGCUCGGUCUCGCAAUACGACGCAAAGACCGGCGAACUCAUCUUCAACACCCAAGUCCACGAGGCUGACAUGAUGGUCACCGAUCUUCAAUGGUCGCCCGACCGAACCUACUUCAUCACCGCCUCGAAAGACAAGUCCGCCAAACUCCUUACCACCAACGACCUAGAAGUCCUGAAGACAUAUCAAACCGACACCCCGCUCAACAGCGCCGCUAUCACUCCCGUCAAGGACUACGUUAUCCUCGGUGGUGGCCAAGCCGCCAUGGAUGUCACGACCACCAGCGCUCGCCAGGGUAAGUUCGAAGCCCGCUUCUACCACAAGAUCUUCAUGGAGGAGAUCGGUCGUGUGCGUGGCCAUUUCGGUCCCCUGAAUUACGUCGCCGUGCAUCCCAAGGGAACCGGGUACGCCAGUGGAGGAGAGGACGGGUAUGUGCGUGUGCAUCACUUCGAUAAGCCGUAUUUCGACUUCAUGUAUGAAGUGGAGAGGGAGCAGGCGAAUCUUUAAAAGUUGUCUUGCGACUCGGAGCAUGGAAUUGGCGUUCGGUGGCUGGUUUGGGCGGGGAUAGCAGCAUUGUCUUGCUGGGCAAUGGCUGCUUCGAUGCUGAGUGGUUUGCUCAGUAGGCCUCUUGUUGGUACAAUCACACACUCAAUGUGUCACAUCUUUUCAAUGAAUAAUAAGUGCUCUAUGCUUCGUCGUUCAUCAGUGCCCCUAUAUUCUGACGGAAGUAUAUGGUGUGGUGGGGAAACCCAGACGCUGCGAUCAUAGAACUCGACCGGAAAUUCGAG